AUGAUGGUGAUGACAAGUCCUUUCUUCCCAUUCGGCUUCAGACCGUGAACAUGUAAUGUUUUUAUUCCCUCCCAGAUAAAGAAGGAGUACGGGAACAAUGUGGUGCCUGCUUUCCCCCCGAAGAAGAUCUUCACGCUGACGCCGGCUGAGGUGGAGCAACGACGUGAACAGCUGGAGAAAUACAUGCAAGCUGGUGAGAUCACGUUUAUCAGUUCUGGGCCCUGUAUUUGAGGUUUGGGGGUCAAUUCCAUUUGCAAUUCACUUAAUUCGGAAGAUGAAUUGAAAUUCAAUUUCCAGUAUCGUUGAGAGAAAAGUGAGUUUAUUUUCUACAAGGAUGUUUAAAAUUCUCAAAUUCAAAUCUAAUUCACCUCGACUAAAUUGAACUAAAAGUGACCUCCGCCUUUCCCAUGGGGAGGAGGGUAUGGUAGAACAGACAGUAGCUGACUCGGUAAAAGGGUAGUAUGGUGGAACACACAGUAGCUGACUCAUGAUCUCCUGUUGCAACAUUUCCACCAGAAUGACCAAUCCUUGUAGCAGAAACCUUAUUAGACACUGUCUACCUUAGCCUGGUGUGGUUGUGUCUUCCUCAGCCUCGUGUGGUUGAGUCUUCCUCAGCCUUGUGUGGUUGUGUCUUCCUCAGCCUCGUGUGGUUGAGUCUUCCUCAGCCUCGUGUGGUUGAGUCUUCCUCAGCCUCGUGUGGUUGAGUCUUCCUCAGCCUCGUGUGGUUGUGUCUUCCUCAGCCUCGUGUGGUUGUGUCUUCCUCAGCCUGGUGUGGUUGAGUCUUCCUCAGCCUGGUGUGGUUGAGUCUUCCUCAGCCUGGUGUGGUUGUGUCUUCCUCAGCCUGGUGUGGUUGAGUCUUCCUCAGCCUGGUGUGGUUGAGUCUUCCUCAGCCUCGUGUGGUUGUGUCUUCCUCAGCCUGGUGUGGUUGUGGUAUUUGUGUGGGCGGUAGCGUACAGGCUCUGACUAGACCACACACACACACACACACACACACACACACACACACACACACACACACACACUAGGGUUGGACAGUAUCCAGAUUUUCAUAUCGUCAUACCGUCGUUCUCUCAUCCCGGGAUUUACGGUAUUACCGGCUUAGUACACAAAGGGGCGCUAAACCCCCCCCCCCCCCCCCCCCCCCCCCGCAAAAAAAGCCCAUUGGGCGUCUAUUACCAGAAUGCUAACAGAAAUAGCACAAGUACUAGUGGAUUUCCAUGGAGGCUGCUAGCUAAAUACGCAAACGAGCACAAACGAAAGUAAACAGAUUGCAAAGACAGGUAAUUCUGAAAGUUUUCAGACCCUUUGACUUUUUCCACAUUUUGUUACGUUACAGCCUUAUUCUAAAAUUCAUUAAAUCGUUUUUUUCCCCCUCAACAAUCUACACACAAUACCCCAUAAUGACAAAGCAAAAACAGGUUUUUAGAAAUUUUUGAAAAUGUAUUAAAAUCAAAAACGUUUAUUACAUUUACAUAAGUAUUCAGACCCUUUACUCAGUACUUUUUUGAAGCACCUUUGGCAGCGAUUACAGCCUUGAGUCUUCUUGGUUAUGACGCUACAAGCUUGGCACACUUGUAUUUGGGGAGUUUCUCCCAUUCUUCUCUGCAGAUCCUCUCAAGCUUUGUCUGGUUGGAUGGGGAGCGUCGCUGCACAGCUAUUUUCAGUGCUGCAGAGAUGGUUGUCCUUCUGGAAGGUUCUCCCAUCUCUACAGAGGAACUCUAGAGCUUUGUCAAAGUGACCAUUGGGUUAUUGGAGGCACAGUGUUCUUGGGGACCUUCAAUGCUGCAGACAUUUUUUUAUACCCUUCCCCAGAUCUGUGCCUCGACACAUUCCUGUCUCUGAGCUCUACGGAUAAUUCCUUCGACCUCAUGGCUUGGUUUUUGCUUUGACAUGCACGGUCAACUGUGGGACCUUAUAUAGACAGGUGUGUGCCUUUCCAAAUCAUGUCCAAUCAAUUGAAUUUACCACAGGUGGACUCCAAUCAAGUUGUAGAAACAUCUCAAGGAUGAUCAAUGGAAACAGGAUGCACCUGAGCUCAAUUUCGAGUCUGAAUACUUAUGUAAAUAUGGUAUUCUAAAAACCUGUUUUCACUUUGUCAUUAUGGGGUAUUGUGUGUAGAUUGAUGAGGGAAAUGUUUUAUUUAAGGCUGUAACGUAACAAAAUGUGGAAAAGGGGAAGGGGUCUGAAUACUUUCCAAAUGCUCUGUAUAUAGGGAGGAGCUACCGAAUGUCCUGUUUGGUGAUGUUGGACAUUUACAAGCGAGCGUGAAUCAGAGACAUUGUGCAAAUGAACCAGGUUUUGAUGCAGCUCCUUGUCUAGCUCCUUGCCCUAGCUCCUUGCCCUAGCUCCUUGCCCUAGCUCCUUGCCCUAGCUCCUUGCCCUAGCUCCUUGCCCUAGCUCCUUGUCUGGAGGAAGAACAGUACUGGCUCUGGAGCAGCAUGUGUACAGGCUGUGUCUGUGUGGAGUCUGGAGUCGCUAGGGCAACGGGCCUGCCUGCUCUGCUUGGAGUCGCUAGGGCAACGGGCCUGCCUGCUCUGCUUGGAGUCGCUAGGGCAACGGGCCUGCCUGCUCUGCUUGGAGUCGCUAGGGCAACGGGCCUGCCUGCUCUGCUUGGAGUCGCUAGGGCAACGGGCCUGCCUGCUCUGCUUGGAGUCGCUAGGGCAACGGGCCUGCCUGCUCUGCUUGGAGUCGCUAGGGCAACGGGCCUGCCUGCUCUGCUUGGAGUCGCUAGGGCAACGGGCCUGCCUGCUCUGCUUGGAGUCGCUAGGGCAACGGGCCUGCCUGCUCUGCUUGGAGUCGCUAGGGCAACGGGCCUGCCUGCUCUGCUUGGAGUCGCUAGGGCAACGGGCCUGCCUGCUCUGCUUGGAGUCGCUAGGGCAACGGGCCUGCCUGCUCUGCUUGGAGUCGCUAGGGCAACGGGCCUGCCUGCUCUGCUUGGAGUCGCUAGGGCAACGGGCCUGCCUGCUCUGCUUGGAGUCGCUAGGGCAACGGGCCUGCCUGCUCUGCUUGGAGUCGCUAGGGCAACGGGCCUGCCUGCUCUGCUUGGAGUCGCUAGGGCAAUGGUACUGCCUGCUCUGCUUGGAGUCGCUAGGGCAACGGGCCUGCCUGCUCUGCUUGGAGUCGCUAGGGCAAUGGGCCUGCCUGCUCUGCUCGGAGAUGAGGGAGGAGGGGCAGAGAACGGAGAGGAGAGGGAACACAAGGAAAUGAAGAUAGUGGCAGCUGUACAAAAAGCUCCUCCAAAGAGCUUUGACUUCUCUAACAGGUCAGUAAGCUAACACAAUAUGAUGCCCGUCACCGUAUUCAUUCAGCCACUAGCAAGUUCAACUUUGGGGUCGCAUUAACGCAGAAUUCUGUGUUUUUUUCCUCGCAGGAAGAAAAGAGAAAACGCAUCAGAAAUAUCUUGCUGCGCAGAUCUAAAAUGCUUCUUAUUGUAAUUUCUGCAUAAGACUCAUUUUGUGCUUCAGUUUCACUUCUCCACUCCGAUGAGAAUUCAGGAACGGCGUUCUAUCUCCACUCAGCUCUGACUGAUGUGGAGCUACUUUUCUCUGGUACUUUUCUCCGUGUAGCCUGCCUAGUUUUCACUGGGACAUUUAGCUGGCUACAUUCUUUCUAUGAUAAACAUUAUAAAUAUAUAUAUAUGUCCAUGCGUCAUUUUAGCAAAAAAAAAAGACAGUGCUUUUUCAUUGUAAGCUCAUUUACUUGUGCGUCUGCCAGCUAAAUAGCGUUCUGUUGUCAUUUGAGGAAAACGAAGAUGUUUCCUGCCGAACGUGUUGCAGUAAUGCAUUUUCUGUGAAGGAAAACUAUAGUUGCAGGUCCCUGAUCACUCUAUUGAAGAAAAAAAACACAGUUGACUUCCAAUAUAAAGCGUGACCCCUGUCAAUACACAGCUGGACUCCCCUGGUCCCACUUUCUCCUGACAAACACGUGACUGGGUUCAACUGUUCUGGAAACUACGGUUCAUAAUGCAAAAUAAUGGGACCGAUGAAAUGAAGAACGUGAUCUGCUUCAACGGUAUUGAAAUAUCCCAUGGCUAUUUCCAAAUACUCCAGUAUACCGCCCAAGCCUAACACACACACACACACACACACACACACACACACAGAGCAUUAUAGUAGUUGAGGCCAUGGCCUCUUGACUGUCCUCCUGACUCUUGACAAACCUGGAACUAGAUAUCCUCACUGUUCUGUUCUCUUCAGAUCCAUUCAUAAUGUUAAUAGAACUAAUAGGAAAGUUUGAUUAUAUUGUUUUGGUCAAACAAGCGGCCAGAGAUACUGGCCAGGCCCUGGGUUGAGCACACCAAAGUUUCAACCCUCCCUCAGUUGGUCCUUGUCAGGAACGAGAUUUCUUUGCCAGCUAAUUUCUCAAUUUACAGGUCCAAAGGGACCCACCAAGCCUCGGCUUUGGCCAGACACUUCCCCAAACAGAUCAAGGGUGAACUGUGGUCGUACACACACACACGCAGACCAACACACAAAGAGAAGAACUGAGCGAAACUGAGCUGGCAGCAGUGUUGAGUAUUUGUUUGAAUCCUCUCGAGCACUGGCAGUUAGCACAGAACAAACUGAGCCUUGUUGGGGCAUAUUUGCUCAUAAGUCUGUAAGCACACAGACAAAGACACACACCGCAUGGUAUGGUUGACCGACCGCUUGCUGGGAGGAUGUUACAUCAUGGUUUUAACACGGUUAUGGAAAAUCUACUGCCACAAACACAAUCUGCUCUCCCAUGUCCCUGAACACUGUGUGUGUGUGUGUGUGUGUGUGUGUGCGCGAACUCAAUCCACCACAGGAAUUGUGUGUCUGUCUGUGUCCUCCAAAGGGCACUUCUAAUUGAGUGUACACCCUAUUUAGGGGUGAGAAUUGCAGCACCGCCCUCAUACUGUGAUUCCAUUGUGCCGUACAAUACACUGUAGAGAUUGCCUGGUUAGGUAAAUAAACCCCUGUAGAGAUUGCCUGGUUAGGUAAAUAAACCGCUGUAGAGAUUGCCUGGUUAGGUAAAUAAACCGCUGUAGAGAUUGCCUGGUUAGGUAAAUAAACCGCUGUAGAGAUUGCCUGGUUAGGUAAAUAAACCACUGUAGAGAUUUCCUGGUUAGGUAAAUAAACCACUGUAGAGAUUGCCUGGUUAGGUAAAUAAACCCCUGUAGAGAUUGCCUGGUUAGGUAAAUAAACCACUGUAGAGAUUGCCUGGUUAGGUAAAUAAACCGCUGUAGAGAUUGCCUGGUUAGGUAAAUAGAGCAUGGCGUUUGCAACGCCAGGGUUGUGGGUUCGAUUCCCACAGGGGGUAUGAAAAAGUAAUGUAUGCACUAACUGUAAGUCGCUCUGGAUAAGAGCGUCUGCUAAAUGACUAAAUUGUAAAUGUAAAAUGUAAAUAAACCGCUGUAGAGAUUGCCUGGUUAGGUAAAUAAACCGCUGUAGAGAUUGCCUGGUUAGGUAAAUAAACCACUGUAGAGAUUGCCUGGUUAGGUAAAUAAACCACUGUAGAGAUUGCCUCGUUAGUCACAUCUGGAGAUGUCAGGUUGAAUUGGCUCCUACUGAUUUACAGAUAGUUGAAGCCACGUCAGAAGACCUUCUCAGCUCCAUGUAGCUAUUUCCUACUACUACAGAUUGAUGAGGUCCAUGUAGCUAUAUCCUACUACUACAGAUUGAUGACGUUCAUGUAGCUAUAUCCUACUACUACAGAUUGAUGACGUUCAUGUAGCUAUAUCCUACUACUACAGAUUGAUGACGUUCAUGUAGCUAUAUCCUACUACUACAGAUUGAUGAUGUUCAUGUAGUUAUAUCCUACUACUACAGAUUGAUGACGUUCAUGUAGCUAUAUCCUACUACUACAGAUUGAUGACGUUCAUGUAGCUAUUUCCUACUACUACAGAUUGAUGACGUUCAUGUAGCUAUAUCCUACUACUACAGAUUGAUGACGUUCAUGUAGCUAUUUCCUACUACUACAGAUUGAUGACGUUCAUGUAGCUAUUUCCUACUACUACAGAUUGAUGACGUUCAUGUAGCUAUAUCCUACUACUACAGAUUGAUGAGGUCCAUGUAGCUAUAUCCUACUACUACAGAUUGACGACGUUCAUAUAGCUAUAUCCUACUACUACAGAUUCAACUUAUGAUAGCCAGUGGGACAACCACCCUAUUAUUAUUAUGAUUAUUUAUUUUUUAUUUUUUUUAUGGGUGGGGGAGGGGUGGGUAGAAGGUUUACUUUAAGUGCUGACGUGGCCCUCUCUCUAACAUCUCUCUAAUCUCCUCUCUUUCCACCACAGUGCGUCAGGACCCAAUGCUCGGAGCCAGUGAGAUGUUCAACAGCUUUCUAAGGAAAGCCCAGCAGGUUGGUACUGUAGCUAGCUAGCAUGUCUUCCACCCUGGCUGUGUAAUUGUUCUGUAGCUGGCUAGCAUGUCUUCCACCCUGGCUGUGUAAUUGUUCUGUAGCUGGCUAGCAUGUCUUCCACCCUGGCUGUGUAAUUGUUCUGUAGCUAGCUAGCAUGUCUUCCACCCUGGCUGUGUAAUUGUUCUGUAGCUGGCUAGCAUGUCUUCCACCCUGGCUGUGUAAUUGUUCUGUAGCUAACUAGUAUGUCUUCCACCCUGACUGUAUAAUUGUUCUGUAGCUAGCUAGCAUGUCUUCCACCCUGACUGUGUAAUUGUUCUAUAGCUAGCUAGCAUGUCUUCCACCCUGACUGUGUAAUUGUUCUGUAGCUAGCUAGCAUGUCUUCCACCCUGACUGUGUAAUUGUUCUGUAGCUAGCUAGCAUGUCUUCCACCCUGACUGUGUAAUUGUUCUGUAGCUAGCUAGCAUGUCUUCCACCCUGGCUGUGUAAUUGUUCUGUAGCUAGCUAGCAUGUCUUCCACCCUGGCUGUUGUUAAGUUGCGUCAAUUCAAAUCUGGUAUUGGAACAAAAAGAGGUCAAUACACGUCUUCUAUAAUAGACUAUUAUUUUAAUUAAUGCAAAACACUUCAAUGGUAAAUAUGAUGUUCGUAUAUACGGGUCCACUGAAAUACCACGCAGGGCAGACAGAGAACUGGUCCAUUGUUAUAAGUUCUUCUUUAAAUACUCUGACAGAGAUAGUUCCUGCUCCCUGCUGGCCUAUCAGAGUAGAGACUGAGCGUGGUUUAGACUUACUCAGCCUAUCGUUUGCGCACAGGCUGGUCCCAGACCCUUGGCGCUUCACUGUUGCCAGGUGUCAGUUGUUUUCUCCACAACUUGUCUCGAGUCAGCAACCCCAGACAUCUUUGUAGCAGAACACAUGUCCUUGAGCGUUCUAACAAAGAGGCAGUGUGUGUGUAUGUGAGACACAAGUCUUAUCUCAGCCUACCCCCUAAUAGUUCCCCACAUUAAUCACAGCUUGUUAUGUUGACCAAUUUAUAUCAGUACAGUACAAACCUAUUAUGUUUAAUCAUUAAUGCUUUCUUAUUAAGCUAACAGCACAUCUAAAAUAUAAGAGAACAAUUUCCCACAAUCCCCCUUUUCACACCCACUGGGUGUGAACCCAAAAUAAGAAGGGAAAUUUAGGAUUCCCCCUUUUGACACCCACUAGGGUGUCACUCAUUAAAAUACAAUACAAACAAAAAUAAUCACACUUUUAUUAAUAGGCAAUAAUGAUAAUAAAAAAUAAAAACCCUCAGUCCUUCCAUCUACACCCAACUGGUACUAGGUUGGCUACCAGCCACCCAGGAACUUCAAACCUUCACAUAAGGAAAGACAAACAUUCACAAUGGUUAACUUGAUUAAUAAAGCAUAAAACAUAAACAGGGAAGUGAACUUUGGUCCCCUUUAGACACCCACUAGGGUGUCACUCCACCACCUCACCAAUAGCAAACCAAGGGUCAUCCUUUGUCAACCCCAUCUCAGUGUCUGCAUCCCCUUCUUGAGCCCCUAGGAGGGGCAUCAUACCAGCCGUAUGCACGACAUCUGUAACAGACUUUCUCAGACAAGGAAUUACACAGGCAGUACAGCACAUUAAUAUUAGAAACACAACUACUAGGGUCAGAAAUGCAGUAACCACCAAUGAUGCGAACUUACCAAACCACUCCCCCAACCAGGAGAACAGUCCGUUUCCCUCCAUUCCAGCCAUGCUCUUCAUUUCAGCUGAUAGUUUAUCUAAACCAACCAGGGCUUUAGAGAUACUCCCGUCAGGACUGGUAUUGUUAGGGAUAAACGUACAACAAUGGCUUCCCAUUCUAUAGACACCACCCCUUUCUGCCUGAUCUAGAGCCAACCUCUUUUUACUAAGUCAUAAGAGUGAGAUGGCGGAUAAUUGUUCAAAAGAUCCCUUCUGUUGCAUCCCUAGUCCAGCCAAUAAAUCGUUGUUGGUCGUAAUAGAUGUAAUUAAUCCAAUUCACAAUUUUGUUUAUUGUCACCCACCAAAAGAACGUGGUAGUAAACCCUUCCCCUAAUUGUUUCAUAGCUCAGUAUCCAUCCGAUAUCCCCCUUGGUAGCCUAAUCGCAUCCAUCUAAAUAGGGCUAUUCUCCUUCUUGUCAAAACUCCUCCUACAUCUGUUCAAUCCUUGGUUCCUGGUGACUAAUUCUAACUAGCUGAACCAGUAGAACCAGGGCGCACGUAUCUAGCCACCCCUUUGGAAUUCUCUGCCUUAUACUGCCUUUACUGGCACACGCCCACCACACCGGUUACAGGGGCUGUAAGGUUCAAAAUUCUCUCCUGUGUUUCCGAACUUAAGUCCGUCACAUUACUACUAUCUCCAAUUGAUAAUUGGUGAUGUCUUUGUUUCUCUUUACUCCCCAUCUGGAUGUUCAGUCCCCCUCGGUCUCAUAUCCCCGUCCCCAAGUGUAUUUAAACACUUGAGUCUAGGAACAAUCUGCCGUGGGGGCCGAACACGAAUAUAAUGGGAUUUUAUAAUCCCAAGUUGCUUAUUGACAUGUACCCCACCCGUUGGCUACGUCCCUAACCUUUAUUUUGAAUCUGACAGUCUGCCCUUCUCUGACUCCCAUUUUGUAGGCCACUCGUCCUUGACGGUCAGUAUGUCGGGUCGCUUCUCUUCUCUUUUACUUCUUAACAAUGGUAAGGGCAUAGCGUAAUUGGUGGUGGAUCUUGACAUAUCAAGACCAUUACCGAGACUAUGAUGCAACUCAAGUUAUCCAUAUUCCCAAAAACCGCCAACCCUCUCCUGUCCUUAGUCUUUCUGCUUGGUACUACCCCAUACUCACACCCUGAGAACACACUACAGUGAUGAUAGGUCGGGGUAGGAGAUCUUCGUUAACAGAGGUGAUCCCCAGACCCUAUUGGUUCAGUUCUUCUCUCUAACUCUGCAUGUGUUCAAUGGCGCUUGUAUGUGUUCUUACCUUUUUGCAGUGGGUAACGUGGACCCAGGUUGCUCUUUCUGCUAUUCUAAUGGCAAAGGCAGUGACCAAUAUAACCUGAUAGGGCCCUUCCCAACAGGCCUGCUUCCAGUUUUUCUUCUUUAGGGACUGGAUGCUCACCAGUCACCUGGUUAGAUAGAGUGGGUCACCUUCUCCUUUAGUUCACCUGUGGGGCACAAAACCUCUGACAUACGGGUGUGGUUAAUAAACUAUCUUCACACAUGUUCAGCUCUCAAUUUCUAUUUCUGACUGCAUUCUCUUUCUAGACUGUAUCUAAACAUUUUUUUUAAAAGUAUUUUGUCCUCUCCUUCGUAUAGAUUUAUUAUUUAAUCCUACCAUCCCCCCUUUGACACAUGUUUUGCUCAUGUUUCAAUAUUACCACCUACCUAAACAAUCACUUAGGUAAUAUUGGUAAUUUAUCAUCCAAUUGCCAUCCCUUAUUUUUAAAUACUGCCUAAUUUUAACAUAACAACCCUUUAUAACCAUCAUACUAGGUGUGUUGUUUUUUUAUUUGAAAAACCCAAUUUGAAAAACAACAACCACAAAUAGCCAGGCCCCACUUGAUUUGGUAGCUCACUGCCUAAAUACUGCCUAACUUCACUACUGCUCCCCCUAGCCCUGGGCAACAUUCCAAUGAGAUAAGCUAAUCUCUUUCUCCUGGUUAUACAUUUUGUUAACCUUCAAUUACCAUCAGUAAUCUAAAGAUGGUAGUACACACAAAACAUGAUACAGAUAUCCCCAGUCCUAACCCAUCAAUAAUUGUUUGUAUCAAUCUAAUUCCUCAUAACUAAUCCAUAAAACCACUCAAAAUUCCUCGAGUAUACAAUGAUUAUUUAUUUGAUUACCCUAAAUCUGCUACAUGUGAUCUCAUCUCAAAUGAUCCAUUAUCAAUUAUUUGAUCAACCCCCUAGGAAAAUCUGUCUCCCCUUCUAUUGUUCCUGUCCCCCCUGUAAAUGUCAUAUUUCAUUUUUUUAGCCAAUACAAUCACGGUUACAUCAAAUAUUCCCUCAUUUUGGCCAUUUAGUUACUAUCUUUCUGGUCCUUUUUUCUCAUUUGUUAGAGAUAUUACCAAUAUCUUCACUAUUUUCUGGGAACCUUCUCUUCAUGAUUGCUACUGGUGAUCCUGCCAUCUCUACUUCUGGUGUGGUCUAAUGUCUAUAUUAGGGUGUAAGGUAAAUUAUUCCUGUUGUCUUUUUCAGCUAAACGUUUUAAAUCCCUCAGUUAAUGGUAUUUUCUUCCUAAUAUAUCAUCAUACUCUUCCACUUUCCCUAAAUGAGAUUUAAUCCCUUGCCUUUCCUCUACUAUCCUUCUAUCAUUACUGGAUCAAUGAUAAUAACUGUAAUAACUAUUCUUAAUAAUUGUAAUAACUAUUUCACAUUAAAUUGUGCCUUUUUUCUGAUAAUGUUAUAAUUGUAGCCUAUUGCAUUACUUUAGUUUAAAAUAUACGUUUGUUUAUUUAACAAAUCUAGAACCCACUAUAGGUUGAUGCUAUUCCCUCAGCAUAAUAGCUAAAGCUACUUGCAUCCCCUGGUCCCCGUAACGAAAAUAAAUUAUCGUUCUAGAAUUCACCAACUAUUUGCAUACACCACUGGUGUUAAGCAACCUAUCGAAUAAAGUAAUAACAAUUAGAAUUCAUCAAAGCACUGCCUUUCAGUCAAGUAUUUAGACCUCUACUUGAAAUCUUACAGCUCAAUCGAACUCGCUGGACUGUCUCUAUAUAUUUUUUUUUCUCCCGCUAACCAGAGCCAUAAAUUAUUCUCCUUUGUCCUCAACUCAAUUUUCACAGCUCUAUCGCCAUUUCAGUUGAUAAGCAUACAUUUAAUGAUAUUCCUAUCAUUUAAACUAUCUCUCACUCCUCCCCUUGCUCCUUCCUACACAACGGGGAAGGCGUGGGGACCUUGUAACAUAUUUUCAUAGCUUAAGUAGAAGUAUUCUAGAAAGGUCUAUCUAAUUCAACCUUUCACAUUUCUCAAUCCACGUAGUAAUCUAGGUCUAUAGCCCCAAUGCGAAAGCUUGACCCACUGUCCCCACCUGUGUUCAAACCCGGGACCCUCUACAUACAUUGCCAGUCACCCCACACAUUCCGCGAUGCUUUCAAAGUAAAUACUUCCAGUUCAUAGAGCAAGUGACGUCACCAAAUGAAAACCGCACUAGCUUUCACCUCAUUCAGCAACACAAAGUAAUGCUCUCUCUCUCCCUUCACCCAUUCCCUAUUGAAUAAGUGAGUCUUUCUAUUUAACCCCAAACCACGCUACAAAUCUUCCAUUCAACAUCAACAAACCAAAUACUCAGUAGUAUCCGGUCACCACCCAUACCAGCCGCCAAAUUCACUCAUACACACAGACCCCACCCCAUGCCACCGAAAUGCCCAACAAAACAUAAUAGUUCAAUGGAACCCUCUAUUGGCUCUCUACUAUUUAUACAUUACUUCUAUAACCACAUUAGUUAUGGUCCGAUUACCCAUUAUACCUUAUCACAUGAUCAAACAACGGUACAACCUUAAACUCAUAUUCUCUACUUUCUCACCCAUUACGUACGUCUACGUUCGGGCGAGCGAGUUCAUACGUAUAUAUCGUUAGAAAUUUACAGGUACCUCUCAAAUAAUCGCUUCGUGGUGUUUUUAGCCAAUUCUUAAUCGACACAAAUCACUUCUUAGUCUUUCCUGACUCUCCAAAAGCCAUACUCUCGCUGUCAGUGCAUGCUAGUUUUCCUAUUGGUUGGUAGAGCCAUCACUCACCUGGCUGUGUUGCUAGGCCGGACGGUGUAAAUCUACCAAGACAUGUUUACUGUUGCCUUGUUUUCGCCUCCUCUUGUGAGGAUACUCUCUCUCUCCUUCCUCCACUCCCCCCCUCCUUCUGCUGAGUACCCUGUGUCUGUUCUCUAUCCCCCACCUUUCCUCCUCUCUUCCCCUCCUUCCUCCCCCCACUCCCUCCUCUCCUCCUCCCUUCCUCCCUCACUCCUUCCCUCCUCCUACUCCUACCUUGAAAAGCUGUCUUGAAUCAAUAAGUAUUCCAACCUUUUGUUAUGGCAAGCCUAAAUAAGUUCAGGAGUAAAAAUGUGUUUAACAACUCACAUAAUAAGUUGCAUGGACUCACUCUGUGUGCAAUAAUAGUGUUUAACAUGAUUUAUAAAUGACUACCUCAUCUCUGUUCCCCACACAUACAAUUAUCUGAGGGGAGGAGGUAGGAGGUCCCUCGGUCGAGCAGUGAAUUUCAAACACAGAUUCAACCACAAAGACCAGAGAGGUUUUCCAAUGCCUCGCAAAGAAGGGCACCUAUUGGUAGAUGGGUAAAAAUAAAAGAAGAAGACAUUAAAUAUCUCUUUGGGCAUGGUGAAGUUAUUAAUUACAAUUUGGAUGGUGUAUCAAUACACCCAGUCACUACAAAGAUACAGAACAGGCAUCCUUCCUAACUCAGUUGCCGGAGAGGAAGGAAACUGCUUAGGGAUCUCACCAUGAGGCCAAUGGUGACUUUAAAACAGUUACAGAGUUUAAUGGCUGUGAUAGGAUAAAACUGAGGAUGGAUCAACAACAUUGUAGUUACUCCACAAUAGUAACUUAAUUGACAGAGUGAAAAGGAAGCAUAUACAGAAUCUAAAUAUUCCAAAACAUGCAUCCUGUUUGCAAUAAGCACUAAAGUAAUACUGCAAAAAAUUUAAAAGUAUAGUGGUUGUUGCAUCAUGUUAUGGGUAUGCUUGUAAUCAUUAAGGACUGGGGAGUUUUUUCAGGAUAAAAAAUAAAUGGAAUGGAGCUAAGCUCAGGCAAAAUCCUAAAGGAAAACCUGGUUCAGUCUGCUUUCCACCAGACACUGUGAGACGAAUUCACCUUUCAGCUGGACAAUAACCUAAAACACAAGGCAACAUCUACAGUUUGCUAACAUUUCUAAAAACGUGUUUUCACUUUGUCAUUGUUGGGUAUUUCUAAUCCAUUUUGAAUUCAGGCUGUACUACAUCAAAAUGUGGAAUAAGUGAAGGGGUAUGAAGACUUUCUGAAUGCACUGUAAUUGUUCAACUAUAUCUUUAAAGGAUAAUUGUCCUAUUUCUGCAGUAAAUCUCUAUUUUUGAUGUAAAUGACAUGUUAUAGAAGGGUCCAAACACUUUUUUAAAUGUAAUUUGGCUUGUUUUUGAGAAACAGUAUCAGGGCACGCGGUAUCGGGGCACGCAAGAGAGAUGAACAAAAGAUUCAAAACCUCCCAAAUACAUCCUUUUAGAAACGGACACACUCUCAGUGUAGUGAUGUAGGUCUUUUAGAUGUUGGACACAUUACAUUUUGUCAUUCCGACCUUUACCCCCAACGUUAAAUCCAUAUUAUCCAGUCGUGCUGUUUCCCCCACGCAGUUGUGCAGGCUACAGUAUCUACAGUACACAGCCCACGCUGCACAGCUGGUAGAAGAAACGGAAUAUAACGUUUGGAUCUAGUUCGGACACUGUCUGUCAUAUAAACUCAUUCUGUCUGUUGCAAGAGACUCCGCAGAUCCCAACAGAAGAAGAUCUCUGUAGAUAUGCCAUUCUCUUAUAAUCCCUAUGCUCCUAUGUAACCUCUAUAACCUGAUUAUAAUAGACCUGUCAUUGCCCUAUAGGAGACCCAGCAGUAAACCUGUCAUUGCCCUAUAGGAGACCCAGCAGUAAACCUGUCAUUGUCCUAUAGGAGACCCAGCAGUAAACCUGUCAUUGUUCAAUAGGAGACCCAGCAGUAAACCUGUCAUUGUCCUAUAGGAGACCCAGCAGUAAACCUGUCAUUGUCCUAUAGGAGACCCAGCAGUAAACCUGUCAUUGUCCAAUAGGAGACCCAGCAGUAAACCUGUCAUUGCCCUAUAGGAGACCCAGCAGUAAACCUGUCAUUGUCCUAUAGGAGACCCAGCAGUAAACCUGUCAUUGUUCAAUAGGAGACCCAGCAGUAAACCUGUCAUUGUCCUAUAGGAGACCCAGCAGUAAACCUGUCAUUGUCCUAUAGGAGACCCAGCAGUAAACCUGUCAUUGUCCUAUAGGAGACCCAGCAGUAAACCUGUCAUUGUCCUAUAGGAGACCCAGCAGAUUCCAACAGAAGAGGUACCUCUGGAGAUCUACCUGUCUAACGGCCAGAAGGUCACGGUCAACAUCCUGACCUCCGACCAGACAGAGGACGUCCUCGAGGUAAGCUGUAUGUGACCAUAGACCUCUCUCUGGGAUAUUUCAAUAGGUUCAAGGCUGUAUAACUGUCAGUGGAUACAAUUUAUUUAAAAACGACAAUAUGUUUUAUAUGAGUUAGAGGAAAUAGGAGUUGUGGAUUCAUUCAAACACAGAAAAAUAUAACCAAAGAUGAUCUUUGUCUGUCUUCUGAUUUGCAGGCUGUUGCGUCGAAGCUGGACCUUCCAGACGACCUGGCUGCUUACUUCAGUCUAUUCCUGGUUCGUGAAGGAGUGGACGGGGGCUUAACGUGUAAGCACUGA